CAGAUAUGCCCGCCAGGCUGAACGUCUCCAGCAGCCCAGAGACCUCUGCCCGGCCUUCGUGCUAUAGUCUGGAGAGGGGCUUGCUGAAGCCCAAGGAACGCGACUCACCGGCGCCCCUUCCGACCCAGCCCUCAUCACUGCAGAUUGUCCAGCUGGCUCCCUCACCACCCUGCUUGGGCUGCCGGCCGCAUCCUGAACACUCCCCUGGAGAGCUGUUGGGCAGCACCCCAUGCCCUUCAACUUCGCCCCUGCUGCAGCGCCGACGUGCCUGCCUGGACCUCCCUGCUGAGCCCCCUCUGGAUUUCCUGCGGGCCCAGAGGGAGACGGCCGAGGCCAUCCGGGAGCUGACUGACACCCUGCGGCAAGGCCUGGAGCGGCUCACAGACGUGGUGGGGGCACUGCUGCCCCUCCUGCCGGCCCUGCCGAGUGGUCUGCUGCCCCCGCAGGGGGAGUUCGCUCUCCCGACAGCAGCCCCGGCUGCAGAGACCCCGGCUGCCCGGGAGGGCUUCCCUGCCAAGACAGAGCUGUCCCUGGGGCAGGAAGAGAACGGGGUUCGUCUUCUGCAAGCGGAACGGGACCUUGGGACUGAAAGGGGGCCAUCUCCACACCGGGCCCCUCCGGCACAGAAGUGGAGGAAAGGGAUCCCAACUCGGAAACGCAGGGGACGCUGGAAGAACUUGUGAGGGCCAGGACAGACGUGCUGCCCUCCCCCCCUCAAAUCCCAAGAAGGAAAGGCAGAGGGGGGCUGCUCCCCUGGGACAGGCAAGGCCUGAAUGAGUUGUUUCACCCUCGCUCCUGUCUUCCCAGGGGGAGUGCAAGACGGACCCCUCUGCACUCCCACUUCCUGAUGCCAGGGCUUGUGGUGUCAGCACCAGGAGCCAUGCAC